AUGUCUGUACACCGCAAAGGGAAUGCUGCAAGGGCGGGGCACAGGCCCUCACGAGGAGGCUCAAGGCCCCCGGGGGGACUGAAGCGCCACUCUAGUGCCCCUAUUAACAGCAGCAGCAGCAGCAACAGCAGCAGCAGCAGCAGCAGCAACGGCAGGGCCCGCGGGAAGCCUGGGACCCGAGGCAAACGAGGGGCCCCCUACAACCGUGGGGGCCCUCCCAAGCAAAGAUUCGACAAGAAGCACAGCAGCAGCAGGCCUGAUGCCGGCAGCAAGCCCAAGCAGCAGCAGCAGCAGCAGCAGCAACAGCAGCAGCAGCAGGACGCCGAGGGACACAGGAAGCCGCAGCAACAGCGGCAGCCUCCCCAGCAGAAACGGCGGCAUCAGCAGCAAGAGCAGCCGCAGCAGCAGGACGACCAUGCAGCGGUAAAAGAUGAGCAGCAGCAGCUGCAGCAGCAGGUGAAGGCGGCGCUGCAGCAGCGGCAUAUAAAGGACGCUUCAGCGAGGCGCUGGGAUCGCUGGCAGCAGCAAAAGCAGAAGAGGGAGCAGCAGCAGCAGCAGCAGGAGCAGCAGCGCGCAAGAAACUUCAUCAGCGGUCCAAGCAGCAGCAGCGCGAAGCCUGCUGCUGCUGCUGCAGGAACUGCAGGCACUCCCUUUCUCGCUGCAUCACACUCGGACGCUGCAGCAGCAGCAGCAGCAGCAGCAGACGAGCUGCUGCAGCAAGAAGACGUGCUGCAGUGGCUAGACAAUUGGGGCAAGGGCCCCUGGCACGCGGCAACGAAAGGCGCAGAGAGCGCAAUAAUGGAGCUGCACAUUCCCUGCAGCAGCAAACAGAGCAGCAGCAGCAGCAGCAACAGCAGCAGCAGCAGCAGCAGCAGCGUGGACUGGCCCCUCUGGGCAGCUGUGGGGGACAGGGCGCUGCAGCACGUGACCAACAGGCUCCACGCUUUGCUGGAGACGGACGCAGAGCAUCGCUGGAUGCUUAAGAAUGCUGGUUUGCUGCAGCAGCAGCAGCAGCAGCAGCAGCAGCAGCGGCAGUCGGGAGCGAAGCCGUGGCGCAAGGGAGCAGCAGCAGCAGCAAGAGGCGAGCAGCAAAAGGGCCCCACACGCGGAGACGAAGUGUCUUCGCUGGUGCUGCUGACGCAGGAGGCGCCCAUCUGCAGCAGCAAAUGUCUGCUGCUGCUGCUGCAGCAUGCUGCUUCCAGAAGCAGAUCCGAAGCACAUGCUGCAGCAGCACAACUUUUCGAGCUUUUCUCUGGCCCGCUGCUGCUGCCUUCCUUUAGGAAGCUGCAGGGCGUGCUGCAGCACCCGCAGUGGCUGCUGGACCGCGUCACCGAGCUGCUGCCGCUGCUGCAGCAGCAGCUGCAGCAGCAGCAGCAGCAGCAGCAGCAGCCGAAGAAGAAGCAGAAGACACACCGCGAGCCCCAGAAGCAGCAGCAAAAUAAAAAGGAACCCGCCAGAGCUGCUGCAGUUGCGCUGCUGCAGCUGCUGCUGCUGUGGCGCUUCGAGGAGAUGCUUGCGCAGCGCUACAACGCCUUCGUAACGGUGCUGCGGGCGCUAUCUGAAGACAGCAUUUCGGCCCUCGCCAACCGCUCCUUAAAGUUUGCUGCUCAGCUGCUGAUAAGAAAGCCGGAGCAGGAGCAGCAGCUGCUGUCUCUCCUCGUUUCAAGGCUUGCAGCUCAGGAGGGAAAGGUGGCGUCUUGCGCGUCGCUGCAGCUGGCGCUCGUGCUGCGCAGACACCGGCCCAUGCUGCCCGUAGUUGCUGCUUACACAGCAGAGUUUGUGGAGCAGCGGCUUGCUGCUGUGCUGCAGCAGGGAAAAACGCAUGCAGCAGAAGCUUGCUUCGGGUUGCUGUCGGUGUACAGACACUCGAAGCAGCGGCUGCCGGCGCGCUUCAAGUACCGGCGCCACGAGCUGCAGCAGCAGCAGCAGCAGCAGCAGCAGCAGCAGCAGCACGGCGACCUUGCUGCCGCCGCGCCCAAUAAGCUGCUUACCUCGCGCACUGCAGCAAGGGCCAGGGAGCUGCUGAGGCUGCUGCUGCAGAGAAGCAGCAGCGGCAGCAGCAGCAGCGAGAAGCAACGGAAAGUCGAAGCAGCAGCUCGCGCUUACGAUCUGCUGCUGCCCCCCAAGUUUGCUGCAGGGCUGCAGGCCGUCUACCGGGGACUUCUUUUCCUUUCAGAGCUUCUCUUCACGGAGGGAGACGGAGCUGCUGUGGCGCGGCUGGUGAGCAGCUACUUGACAGUCUUCCGUCGGCUUGCGGAGUUUGGGGUGUCUCUACAGCCGGUGCUGCAGCAAGCGCUGGGGCCCAGAAAAGCAGCAGCAGCAGCAGCAGCAGCAGCAGGUGCCGACGAAGGCGAAGCAGCAAAUGCUGCUCGCAAGAAGCAGCUGGCAGUGCUGCCUCCCUUGUAUCUUGCUUCCUGCUGCAACAGGAUUGUGCGGGUGCUGCUCCACAGCCCAGACCGGCUUUCUCGUGUGGUGUACGAACAGCUGCAGCCGCAGCACGCGGGCCUGCACUCCGGCAGCCGCGGCGGGCUGCUGCUGCUGCUGCUGCGGCUGCUGCUGCAGGACACCAACGACUCGCGCAAGGCAGCACUGAUCAAGCGGCUCUUGCAGACUAGCCUCUUCUACGCUACGCCUGGACUGGCAGCAGCUUCUUUGCAGAUUGUGCAGGGAGUGCUGCAGCAGCACCCGCAGCUGAGGCUGCUGCUGUCUCAGGGAGAGGCGCAGCUGCAGCAAACGGACGAGAUCGUGGCAGAUGCCCCAGACGACGACGACUCUCUCGAGGCUUCCCAGCCUCAAGAUGAAGCAGCAGCAGCAGCAGCAGGAGCUGAGGCUCCUUGUGUCUAUACACCCGAAAAGAGAGACCCCCGCUUCACGCGAGCGGCGGAGACGCGGCUGUGGGAAGUGCUGGCCUGCGCAGCAAGCUACCACCCGCGGGUGGCUUCUUCUGCUGCUAGGCUAGUUGCUGCUUACAGCAGCAAAGCAGGCAGCAGCAGCAGCAGCAGCAGCAGCAGCAACGGGGAUUUAGACCCGACUGCAGUUGAUGAGGCAGCAAUUGUGCAGACGCUGCGCUCCGUCACAAACUCAGGAGUCCUCGACGACUUGGCCUACAAGGCCCCGCAGCAGCAGCAAAAGCAGCAGCAGCAGAAACGGCGGCACCAAAAGCAGCAGCACGAGGAGCAGCAGCAGCAGCAGCAAGAAGGCCAGCGCAUCUCUCUAAACUCUACCCGCUACUGGCAACGCCACGAAGCCGACCCAGAGAGGGAAUUUAUCCGGCAGUACUUCCUUGACCGCGUAGUUGCUGCUGGGCAGCUGCAGCACAAACGGCGCCGUGCUGCUGCUGCAGCUGACGAGGCAGGAGGAAGUGACAGCGACGCGGAGGCCUCGGCAGAGGAAGUAGAAGAAGACGAAGCCUUCAGCGACGACGAGGUGGACGCCUUCCUGGCGCAGCAGGCCCGCCAGCUCGGGGGCGGCGAAAGCGAGGAAGAAAGUCUGGAAGAUUCUGAAGACUCUUUUGCUGAGGCCUCAGAGUCUGGCGAGGACAGCGACGCAGCAGCAGCAGCAGCAGCAGCAGAAGAGGAGGAGGAAGAAGAGGAAGAGGAGGAGAGCAGCAGCAGCAGCAAAAAGAGCCGCGGCGAUAAGAAGACAAAACAGCUCCGGCUGCAGCUGGAGCGCAGGGCCCUCGGCGGCACCCCUUUCGCCGACGCCGACGGGCUCGAGGAACUCCUUGCCUAG